ACUUGGCGCUGCAGGAUCCCUCUAAUGAAUAAUCUGUCAGGGACAAAAAUUGUGGGCAGAAGAGAGAGUACAAUGCCCGGCGGAUAGAACGAUCACACGAACAACAACGCUGGGUGGGGUGGUUGCGGCUUGGGGUGUUGACCGUGUGAGUGGUGUGGGGAACCCUAGCUAAACGCGUUUGUUCUUGGGCCGCGGCGCAAGAUAACGCUAAAGCAGCCAAUGAGCCCAAAAAUUGAACGAGCUAGAAAUUCUAGAACGAAGUUGACAUUCCUUGGGAUCCCGUGGCGCGGGUCCGAUCUGGGGUUAUGCGUGCCAACUGGAGGAUCUUCCCUGCACAUCCCAUUCAUAAACAGUCGAAAAUCCUGCAGAUGCCCGCCAAACCAUCCCUUGAUGUUUUGCUUUCAAUAAUAAUGAAGUGGCUGUAUGCAUUUACGCCCGUCAUAUCCAAAAUGUGGCAAGCGAGUACCUGGAGAGUAAUCACUUGAUAAGUUGAUAUUCAGCAUUGUCUUCUUCUCGUUCCCUAUCCUUCCCGCUCUCUGGUUUGUGGCGACUGUUAGGAGUAAACGGUAAUUCCAGUUACCUCCCCUGUCUUUCUUAUUUAGUAAAGUAUAAGGCCCUAGAAUUUGGAUGCAUCUUGAACGACAAACAUAACUCCAUUUAUACGCGAUGGGGUCAGACACUUGGGGCCCUCACCAUAUCACCGACGAUGAUCAAGGUCCAUUGGUCACGAUUAUAGCUAGCCUCAUGAUGGUGUACAUGAUAUUCUGUUACCUUGCAAGAUUACUCACGCGAUUGUCAAUCAAUGGGCCAUUUGGAUCUGACGAUUGGGUUAUCACCAUCGGCACGGCAGUCGCAAUUAUACAUUCGAGCGUCAAAUUGGUAGAAGUUCGCGACGGUUUUGGAAAGCGGCUACCGUUGCUCGAGGACUCGGAUAUCCUGAACAUACAAAGGGCGGCGUAUGCCGGCGAUAUUUUUUAUGUCCUUGGGCUGAUGUUGUCGAAAGCCGGGACGUUCAUGCUCAUAGGCCGUCUCACAAGAUACACAAGGCUUGCUACCGCGGCAUGGGCCGGGCUUCUCCUCACAGUUGUGUGGGGAAUUGCAGUGUUUUUAGCUGUUUGCUUUAGGUGCAAGGUUCCAAGCCCUUGGACCCAAACAGAUUUAAAAUGUUUCCAAGCGUACCCUACAUGGAUAGGUGUUGAAACCUCCGGCAUUGGAAUGGAGCUCCUAUUGGCCUUGCUUCCAGUGUAUAUUGCCUGGGGUCUGCACAUGCAAUUGAAAUCGAAAUUAGUACUUCUCUUCGCGUUUUCAUUCCGUCUUCCUGUGAUCAUAGUUGCCGCAUUGCGUAUUUUCUACCUCCGGAAACAAGACAUGAUGGAUGACCCCUUUUUUUAUGGAACAAUCCCAUCGGUUUGCAUGGAGGUAGAACUGCAUUAUAGUCUUAUCGCCGCGACGAUCCCAUGCCUCAAGCCAUUCGUUAAGUCGUUCAACACGGGGUAUCUGGGCCGCAUAGAGAUCAUCCCGGAUUCUUUCAGAGACACAAUACCCUUACAGACUUAUGAAACCCCAAAAAUGUCGGGUGGGAGGGAUAAUCCAUCGUUUGGGGAGGGCGGCAAUAUUUCCAUCGAAACGAACAUAGUAGUAACGGACUCAAGAAGUAUGUAGUUAGUAAUAUUAUGUAUAAAUUUCUUGUCACAUCAACGAUUCCUAGAUCUCUAGUCCCUUAUCUACACAUAGGGUGGGGGGGUAGAGCGGUAAACAUAGCUUCAACCAUAUACCAACACCAGAAUUACUACCCCGGAGGGUUUGGUCUCUUUGAUCUUUUGAUCUUUUCCACAAGUUCGAUGCCACACCGAUGAACGGGUAGCGUUGGAGGAAAGUUGGCGAGUGAGG